GCCCACGAGCAACUUCCGGUUCAUAUGAACCGGUGAUUAUCUGAUUGUUGAGGUCGAAUUUACACAUUGAGGACUUAUUUUCUGUUUUAUGUAAUACGGACAAAGUGCAACCAGAGAACGACACUUAAAUCCAACAAACACAUUAUUUAUUGAGUCGGACAAUUUCCGUGGUGAUCAGUCAGCAGAAGAAAAAUAGUGAAGGUAACCUCCAUAAUUCAACAAUGUCAGACACAAAUACCAACAGUACUGUUACUGAGACUUCUCACGUUCCUGUUGUUUUAAUUGAAAAUGUUAACCCAAAUGUCAGGAACAUGGAAUAUGCUGUCAGGGGACCAAUUGUUGCAAGGGCUGCAGAAAUCGAUGCAGAAAUAAAGAGUGGAGUAAAGAAACCAUUUGCCAAAGUAUUGCCAGCCAACAUUGGUGAUUGUCAUGCCACAGGUCAGACUCCUAUUACAUUCAUUCGACAGGUGAUUGCCUUAUGCGCCUAUCCAGAAUUAUUGACAAGUUCAGAAUUUCCUGCAGAUGCAAAAGAUAGAGCAAAAAGAAUAUUGGCAGGUUGUAGAGGAGGUAGUAUUGGGUCUUACACUGCUAGCCCUGGUGUUGAGGUUAUACGACAAGAUAUUGCAGCAUACAUUCAAAAGCGUGAUGGAGUUCCAAGCAAAAGUGAGGAUAUAGUCUUAUGCACAGGUGCGAGUGAUGGUAUCAAAACUAUUCUAAGCAUGCUGAUGACAGGCAAAACAGGAAAUGAAAGAGCUGGAAUAAUGAUUCCUGUACCACAGUAUCCUCUGUACUCAGCGACACUUACUGAAUACAAUGCCCAACCAAUAAGAUACUUCAUGAAUGAGGAAAACAAUUGGUCUUUAGAUAUCAGUGAACUUAGGAGAGCUAUUGAAGAAGCAAAAUCCAAAUGUUUACCUCGAGCAAUUUGUGUAAUUAAUCCAGGGAAUCCAACAGGCCAGGUGUUAACAAGACAAAACAUUGAAGAUGUUAUCAAAUUUGCUCAUGAUGAGCGAUUGAUGAUUUUGUCAGAUGAAGUUUAUCAACACAAUGUCUAUGCUAAAGGAUCAGAGUUCUUCUCUUUUAAAAAAGUCAUGAUGGAAAUGGGUGCACCAUAUAAUAGGCAUGAACUUGCAUCUUUUAUGUCCGCAUCAAAAGGUUUCAUGGGAGAAUGCGGGUUCAGAGGUGGAUAUUUUGAAGUUGUUAAUUUUCACCCAUCAGUUAAAGCAUGCUUGUUGAAGACAAUAUCGGUAAAGCUUUGCCCACCAGUGGCUGGACAAGCUGUCAUAGAUUGUGUGGUCAACCCCCCUGUCCUUGGGGAUCCAUCUUAUGACCUUUUCAUGAAAGAGAAAACACAUGUUCUAUCUCAACUGAAAGAGAAGGCCACCUUAGUCACUGAACUUUUCAAUUCUAUUGAAGGUAUCAAAUGCAACACAGUUCAGGGAGCAAUGUAUUCUUUCCCACAAAUAUUUCUGCCACCAAAGGCCAUAGAAGCUGCAAAGGCUAAAAGCCAAACACCCGAUUCCUUUUAUUGUUUCUCACUGUUAGAAGAGACAGGACUUUGUGUAGUACCAGGCAGUGGAUUUGGACAGAAAGAGGGCACCUACCAUUUCCGUAUGACCAUCCUUCCUCCUUUAGAAGAAAUAAGAAGUGUGUUGCAAACUUUUAAAGAGUUCCAUUUGAAGUUUUUAUCCCUGUACAAGUAAAUAUAGUACUUGUAUACAUGUAUAGCUGUUGGGGCAUGUGGAUCACCAAGAUUUUCCUGGUAACAACAUUCACCUGUGUGCUUUUAUAAAUAAAUGGAGGAGUUGUGAUAGUAACAACAUAUUGUGAUAUUAUUAAAACCAAAUUUGUUUUGAAACUGUUUUAAACAUUGAAUGAAACCACCUAUUAUGAGUUAUUUCCCUUUAAACUAUAUUUUGUGAUCUUAUGGUGCACACUGUACAAUCAUGACCCUUUUUGUUAUGUCUCCACAAUCUCAGUGCCAUGUUAUAUUUUCCAAUGUAUUUAGAAUAUAGGUGAUAUUUUUGUUUUGUUUUCUUUAUUACAUGUACAUGUAUAUGGCUUUAACAUGUUUAAGGGUUAGUGAGAGUUAUUUUUGGGCACUAUGCUUCUGCUGGUAUAUAUAUAUUUUUCUAAGCUUUAUCACUUAAACAUGUCUUCUGAAUUUAAUGUCUCCACACUUGAUAUUACAAUCUUUAAUUUUAUUUUGCUGUUAAAAUUUUGUGUAAUCUUUAAUGACUUAUUAUUGUUCAAGUUAACUAUGGCUGUUUUACAAAAACUGGUAAUCAUUAAUAACCAAUUACCAGUGGCGGAUCCAGAAAUUUUCAUAAGUGGGGGCCCACUGACUGCCUAC